AUGGCAGCAGCCCCAGCAGGAGGCCUGGAACCCACCAGCGCUGGGUGCCUGGGAGCAGAGGGCAGGCUGGCUCACAAGCUGUUCCGGGACCUCUUUGCCAACUACACAAGUGCCCUGAGGCCUGUGGCAGACACGGACCAGGCUCUGAACGUGACCCUGGAGGUGACACUGUCUCAGAUCAUCGACAUGGAUGAGCGGAACCAGGUGCUGACCCUGUACCUGUGGAUCCGACAGGAGUGGACAGAUGCCUAUCUGCAGUGGGACCCCGACGCCUACGGGGGCCUCGACGUCAUCCGCAUCCCCAGCACGCUCGUGUGGAGGCCGGACAUCGUCCUCUAUAACAAGGCCGACGCGCAGCCAACGGGUUCGGCGCGCACGCACGUGGUGCUGCAUCACAACGGCGCGGUGCGCUGGGACGCUCCGGCCAUCACGCGCAGCUCGUGCCGCGUGGACGUGUCGGCCUUUCCGUUCGACGCGCAGCGCUGCGGCCUGACGUUCGGCUCGUGGACGCACGGCGGCCACCAGCUGGACGUGCGGCCGCGCGGCGAGGCCGCCAGCCUGGCCGACUUCGUGGAGAACGUGGAGUGGCGCGUGCUGGGCAUGCCGGCGCGCCGGCGGGUGCUCACCUACGGCUGCUGCUCUGAACCCUACCCCGACGUGACCUUCACGCUGCUGCUGCGUCGCCGCGCCGCCGCCUACGUGUGCAACCUGCUGCUGCCCUGCGUGCUCAUCUCGCUGCUCGCGCCGCUGGCCUUCCACCUGCCCGCCGACUCGGGCGAGAAGGUGUCGCUUGGCGUCACCGUGCUGCUGGCGCUCACCGUCUUCCAGCUGCUGCUGGCCGAGAGCAUGCCCCCGGCCGAGAGCGUUCCACUCAUCGGGAAGUACUACAUGGCCACCAUGACCAUGGUCACCUUCUCCACGGCGCUCACUAUCCUCAUCAUGAACCUGCACUACUGCGGGCCCAGCGCCCGCCCCAUGCCCGCCUGGGCUCGCGCCCUCCUGCUGGGACGCCUUGCCCGGAGUCUGUGUGUGCGGGAACGAGGAGAGCCCUGUGGGCAGUCUAACCCCCCAGAACGCCCCCCCAGCCCGCAGCCGCCCGGGAGAGGGGCCGGGCCCCCGGCAGGCCCUUGCCGGGAGCUGCGGUGCCUGUGCCGGCAGGAAGCCCUGCUGCAGCACGUGGCCACCAUCGCCAGCGCCUUCCGCAGCCACCGGGCCGCCCAGCGCCGCCUCGAGGACUGGAAGCGCCUGGCUCGCGUCCUUGACCGCUUCUUCCUGGGCAUCUUCUUCUCCAUGGCCCUGGUCAUGAGCCUCUUGGUUCUGGUGCAGGCCCUGUGA